AUGUCUGGUCACAGUAAAUGGGCGACAAUCAAGCACCGCAAGGGUUUAGCUGAUGCCAAGAGGGGAAAACUAUUUAGUAAGAUUGCACGAGAAAUCACUGUAGCAGCGCGCAAUGGUGGUGGAGAUACAGCAUCUAAUCCACGACUUAAAACUGUGAUCAUGACAGCUCGAAGUGCUAGCAUGCCAAAUAAAAAUAUUGAAAAUGCUAUCCGCAAGGGUACAGGUGAAAGUAAAGAUGGGGUUGAUUACAUGGAAAGUACCUAUGAGGGAUAUGGACCUUAUGGAGUAGCAAUCCUUGUCAAUUGUCUUACUGACAACAAAAAUCGAACCGUAGCAGAAGUCAAGAAGGUGUUCUCUAAAAAUACAGGCAACCUAGGAGAGAUUGGAUCAGUCGCAUGGCAAUUUGAAAAAAAAGGCGUUAUUCAUAUUGAAAAGGGAUCAAUUGAAGAAGAUCAAAUUUUGGGAAUAGGUCUGGAGCUUCCUAUUGAAGAUGUGAUCUCUGAAGAGGAAGGUUAUAUUAUCUACACUACUAUAGAGAAUUUCAAUGAAGUCUAUGAGCAGCUUAAAGAAAAUAAAGGAAAAUCUUUUGAAUUAGCGCAUGCCGAAAUUUCAAUGAUCCCAAAAAAUACUAUUGAAAUAAAUAAAGAUCAAGCCGAGAAACUUCAAUCAUUAAUCGAUCAAUUGGAUGAUCUUGAUGAUGUUACAUCUAUUUCCUCAAAUGAAUUGGUGAGGGGAUAG